AUGGAACGGGUGAGGGAGCAGCGGCCUUUCUGCUCGCUGUCCAAGAGCCAGAGAGACCGUGAGAGAUACUGCGAGAGAGACAAGGAUCGGGAGCGCCGUUACACCGCCUCCUCGGCUGACCGGGAGGAAGGAGCCUGUCGCGUGCCCACUCAGAAAUCCUACAGCUCCAGCGAAACGCUCCAGGCCUUUGACCAUGACCCUUCACGAAUGCUGUUCGGAGGCAGAGUCAAGGAGAUGGUCCACAAGGAAAGUGCAGAGUACAGCAGGCCAGGGCAGACAUUUUCACUGAGGCAACUCGGCAUCUGUGAGCCAUCGGCUCGCCGAGGCUUGGCGCUCUGCCCUGAGACGGGCCUCUCCCACCCACUCAGCAGCUACUCCAGAGGACCGGUCGCCACAGAAAACCAUGAACCUGUAUCACCGGAACGUACCAUGACUCUUUGGGGAACGGGGGCAAAGUCUGGGCAGAAUUCAUGCCUCUCCAGUCGCUCUAACUCAGCGCUCACGCUCACUGACACGGAAAUGGACAAUAAAUCGGACACUGAGAUGGGUGACCAUCUAACUAGUCAGCAGGGCCCACCGCCUCUCCCACCAGCCCCGCCCCCACACAAGCAACAUCCGUCCAUCACGUCCCUGAGCCGCAGCUCACUGGCCAAUCAGAGGAGCCCGAGCCCGCCGCCCACAGCCGGCCUGGCGGCCGACUUGCAGAGUACGGCGGAAUGCGUCCAGCUGCAGGACAGCUGGGUCCUGGGCAGCAAUGUGGCCCUGGAGAGCAGGCACUUCCUCUUUAAAACGGGCACGGGAACGACACCUUUCUUUGGCGCGGCAGCCCCUGGUUACACCAUGGCGACGGGGACAGUUUACUCCACACCGGCGCGCCCUUUGCCCAGAAACAGCCUGUCCAGAGGGGCUUUCAAGUUCAAGAAGUCACCCAAACAUUGCUCCUGGAAGUGCACCGCCCUGAUCGCUGUGGGGAUAGCUGUGGUUCUGUCCAUCAUUCUCUGCUACUGCAUCGCAAUGCACCUUUUCGGCCUCAAUUGGCAGCUCCAAGAGUUGGACAACCAGCCUGCAUUCGAAAACGGAGGAGUUGGGAAGACGGGGCCCACUCAGUCGAGCAUAGUGACAGCUCUGGCUGCUGACGGGAGGACCAGCGUGCUCCAUCAGGAGAACAACUCCAUCGAUACUGGACAGGUGGACAUCGGGAAGAGGGUGGGUCAGAGCGUCCCGCCGGGGGUGUUCUGGCGUUCUCAGCUAAGCAUGGAGCAGCCACGCUUCCUUAAGUUCAACAUCUCGGUACAGAAGAACGCACUGAUUGGAGUCUAUGGACGAAAGGGCCUUGCACCAUCUCACACUCAGUAUGACUUUGUGGAGCUUUUGGACGGCAGCCGGCUUAUCGCCAAAGAGCAUCGGACUCUGAGUGAACCGGAGACGAGGGCCCGGCUGGAUCAUUCGGUCGCCGUCCACCAGGCCGGAUUCAUCCAGUACCUGGACUUGGGGGUGUGGCACCUGGCGUUUUAUAACGACGGACGGAACGUGGAGGCAGUGUCCUAUAACACCAUCAUCCAGGAUUCUGUCACAGAGUGCACACACAACUGCUACGGGAACGGAGAGUGUGUGGCGGGGUCCUGCCACUGCUUCCCAGGAUUCAUAGGGCCGUACUGUUCCAGAGCUGCCUGUCCGGUCCUGUGCAGCGGUAACGGCCAGUACACCAGGGGGCGCUGUCAGUGCUACAGCGGCUGGAAGGGCACCGAGUGUGACGUUCCAGCCUCCCAGUGCAUCGAUCCUCAGUGUGGCGGACACGGGCUGUGCGUGGCGGGUGACUGUGUGUGCAACACCGGCCAUAAAGGACCCAACUGUGAACAAGUGGACUGUGUGGACCCGAUGUGCUCCGGUCAUGGAGCCUGUCAUCACGGUGAGUGCCACUGUAACCCGGGCUGGGGAGGCAUCAGCUGUGAGAUCCUGAAGAGCACUUGUCCAGAGCAGUGCUCCAGUCACGGCACCUUCAACACCGACACGGGAACCUGCGUCUGCGAGGCCAACUGGACAGGGGCCGACUGCUCCAUAGAAGUGUGCGUGGUGGACUGCGGUCCCCACGGCUCGUGCAUCACUGGUGUGUGUCAGUGCGAGGAAGGCUGGACAGGACCAGAAUGUGAGCAGAGGGACUGUCACCCACGCUGCAUCGACCACGGAGUCUGCCGAGAGGGCAAGUGUGACUGCCAUCAGGGCUGGACGGGUGAACACUGCACCAUCGCCCUGGAUUCCAGAGUAUCAGGAGCAGUCAAGAUAGGAUAUAAAGACGGCUGCCCCGGGCUGUGCAACAACAACGGGAGGUGCGUCCUCGAUCAGAACGUCUGGCACUGCAUCUGCCAGUCAGGAUGGAGAGGGCUGGGAUGCGACGUAGCGACCGAAACGCUCUGCUCAGAUGGCAAGGAUAACGAGGGAGACGGGCUCGUCGACUGCAUGGACCCAGACUGCUGCACUCAAAUCUCCUGCCAGGGUCAGACCUACUGUCGCGGCUCGCCUGACCCCGCUGCCAUCGCCGGCCAGGGCCAGAGUUCAGCCGCCCAGCCCGCAUCCAAGGGCUUCUACGAUCGCGUCAGUUUCUUGAUUGGUCCCAGCGGCAGUCACGUGAUACCCUGGGAUAAUGCGUUCAACAGCAGCCUGGUGUCAGUAAUCCGGGGUCAGGUCCUCACGGGAGACGGGACGCCGCUGAUUGGAGUCAACGUGUCUUUUCUACACUACCCGGAGUACGGCUCCACCAUCACACGGCAAGACGGCAUGUUUGACCUGUUGGCCAACGGCGGUGCUUCUCUGACGCUGAGCUACGAGCGUGCCCCGUUCCCCACGCUGCACCGCACCGUGUGGCUGCCCUGGAACGUUUUCCACGUGAUGGACACGGUGGUGAUGAAGAGGGAAGAGAACGACAUCCCCAGCUGCUACCUUACUGGUCUGAUCAGACCCAACCCCCUCAUCCUGGCUACGCCCCUCUCCACUCUGUACAAGAGCUCCCCGGAGGACAGUCCCAUCAUCCCCGAGACCCAGGUUCUUCAUGAGCAAGUGGCCAUACCAGGCAGUGACCUCAACCUGGUCUACCUGAGCUCCAGGGCAGCUGGCUACAAGCCCAUCCUCAAGGUGCUCCUGACCCAGGACCGUCUCCCCUUUGGCCUGAUGAAGGUCCACCUGAUGGUGGCCGUCAUGGGCCGUCAGUUCCAGAAGUCUUUCCCUGCCUUCCCCGACCUCUCCUACACCUUCAUCUGGGAUAAAACAGACGCCUACAAUCAGAAGGUCUUUGGCCUUGCAGAGGCUGUGGUGUCAGUGGGAUAUGAAUACGAGUCCUGCCUUGAUGUGGUGCUCUGGGAGAAGAGGACGGCGGUGUUGCAAGGCUAUGAACUGGAUGCCUCCAACAUGGGAGGGUGGAUGCUAGACAAACACCACAUAUUGGACAUUCAGAAGGGCAUUCUUUACAAAGGCAGCGGGGAGAACCAGUUCAUCUCUCUCCAGCCCCCUGUGAUCUCCACUGUCAUGGGGAACGGGCGGCGCAGAAGCAUCUCGUGCCCCAGCUGUAAUGGGCAGGCCCAAGGCAACAAGCUGUUGGCGCCAGUGGCUCUGGCAUGGGGCAUCGAUGGAAGUCUGUACGUCGGAGAUUUCAACUACAUCCGCCGAAUCUACCCAUCUGGCAACGUCACAAGUAUCAUGGAGCUCAGAAAUAAAGACUUUAGACACAGUAACAACCCGGCACACCGGUAUUACCUGGCAACUGAUCCAGUAACUGGCCAGCUGUACGUGUCAGACACAAACUCCCGGAGGAUCUACCGACCAAAAACCUUAACCGGGACCAAGGAUCUGCAGUCAAAUGCGGAGGUGGUGGCAGGAACCGGGGAGCACUGUCUGCCCUUUGAUGAGAACCACUGUGGCGAUGGAGGCAAAGCUCCAGAGGCCUCUCUCACUGGGCCCAAAGGCAUCGCCGUAGACAAGAAUGGCCUGAUUUAUUUUGUUGAUGGCACCACAAUCAGAAAGGUGGACCAGAACGGCAUCAUCUCCACUUUCCUCGGCUCCAACGACCUGACGUCGGCCCGCCCUCUGACAUGUGACAACAGCAUGGACAUCAAUCAGGUGAUUAUGGAGUGGCCCACAGACCUAGCUGUUAGCCCCAUGGACAACUCGCUGUAUGUCCUGGACAACAAUAUUGUGCUGCGCAUCACAGAGAAUGGUCAAGUGAGCAUCGCAGCUGGCCGCCCUAUCCACUGCCCAUUGGCUGGCCUGGAGCGAGGUGUGGCCGGCGGACAGAGGGCGCAGUUAACCCCUCUGGAAUCUGCCGUUUCCAUUACUGUAUCUUACCACGGGGCCAUCUACAUAGCAGAGACAGAUGAGAGAAAGAUGAGCAGGAUCCGAAAGGUUUCUGUGGAUGGCGAGAUCACUCAUUUGGCCGGGGCUCCCUCUGACUGCGAUUGUAAGAACGAUGCCAACUGCGACUGUUACCAGACAGGGGACGGUUAUGCCAAAGACGCGAGGCUCAAUGCUCCAUCUUCUUUAGUGGCAGCCCCAGAUGGAACACUCUAUGUGGCGGACCUGGGCAACAUCCGCAUCCGGGCCAUCUCUAGAAACGGGCCAACUUUGACUUCCAGCGCGGGUACAUACGAGGUGGCUUCCCCCGAUGCCCAGGAGCUGUACAUGUUCGACAGCAACGGCACCCACCAGCACACUGCCAGCCUGCUCACUGGCGACUUGAAAUACACUUUCAGCUACAGCACAGAGAAUGACAUCACAGCCGUGACUGACAGCAGCGGCAACACUCUGAGAAUCCGCAGAGAUCCUAACCGCACGCCGGUGCGUAUCGUCGCCCCUGACAACCAGGUGAUCUGGCUGACCAUGAGCACCACCGGCGGACUGAAAACACUUACAGCACAGGGCCAGGAGCUCGUGCUUCUCACUUACCACGGUAACAACGGCCUGCUGGCUACAAAGACGUCAGAGAUUGGCUGGACAACUUUCUACGACUAUGACAGUGAAGGGCGGCUCAUGAAUGUGACGUUCCCCACUGGAAUGGUGAAUAACUUGUACGCAGACAUAUACAGCGCUUUGACUGUGGACAUUGAAAGCUCCAUGACGGAGGAAGAAAUCAGCAUCACCACAAAUACCUCAACCAUCCGUGCCUUCUACACUCUGGCUCAGGACCAAUGUAGAAGUAGCUAUCAAGUGGGCUUUGACAACUCGCUGAGGAUUACCUAUGCCAACGGGAUGGACACCCACUACCAGACAGAGCCCCACAUCCUGGCAGGCGCUGCCAAUCCAACUGUAGCCAGACGCAACAUGAGCUUGCCAGGCGAGAGUGGGCAAAACUUGGUUGAGUGGCGCUUCCGGAAAGAACAAGCCAGAGGGAAAGUUAUCGUGUUUGGACGCAAGCUUAGGGUGAACGGACGGAACAUCCUUUCCGUCGAUUAUGAUCGCACCCUGAGGACGGAGAAGAUUUAUGAUGACCACAGGAAGUUCCUCUUAAAGAUUAUAUACGACACAGCGGGCCACCCAGUGCUCUGGGUGCCCAGCAGUAAGCUACUGCCGGUUAAUGUGAGCCGCACUAGCAGUGGGCAAAUCAGUGCCCUGCAGAGAGGCCCCACCACUGAGAGACUCGAAUACGAUAGCCAAUGCCGCCUGGUUUCCAGGGUGUUUGCUGAUGGGAAGAUAUGGAGUUACACCUACCUGGAGCAGUCCAUGGUUCUCCUGCUCCACAGUCAACGGCAGUACAUAUUCGACUUUGACUCUCUGGACAGGCUUUCAGCUGUCACGAUGCCAAGCGUAGCUCGCUACACCAUGCAGACCAUCCGGUCAGUGGGCUACUACAGGAACCUUUAUCACCCCCCAGAGAGCAACGCCUCAGUGGCUGUGGAUUACAGCGAAGAUGGCCUCCUACUGAGAGUAGCUCACCUUGGCACGGGCCGGAGGGUCCUGUACAGAUACCGCCGGCAGAACAAACUGUCGGAGAUCUUGUAUGACAGCACGAGGGUGAGCUUCACCUACGACGAGACGGCAGGUGUGCUGAAGACCGUCAACCUGCAGAAUGAAGGUUUCAUCUGCUCCAUUCGUUACCGCCAAGUGGGUCCCCUGGUGGACCGGCAGAUUUUCCGCUUCAGUGAGGAUGGCAUGGUCAAUGCACGCUUUGAUUACACCUAUGACAGCAGCCUGCGUGUCACCAGCGUGCAAGGCGUCAUCAACGAAACGCCGCUACCCAUCGAUCUAUACCAGUUUGAUGACAUCUCAGGAAAGGUUGAACAGUUUGGGAAGUUUGGGGUGAUCUACUAUGACAUAAAUCAGAUCAUAUCCACCGCAGUCAUGACGUACACCAAGCACUUUGAUGCACAUGGACGCAUCAAGGAGAUCCAGUAUGAAAUAUUCCGCUCGCUCAUGUACUGGAUCACUUUCCAGUAUGACGACGUGGGUCGAGUCACCAAGCGAGAGAUCAAGAUCGGCCCCUUUGCCAACACCACCAAGUACAGCUACGAGUAUGAUGUGGAUGGCCAGCUCCAGACUGUGUACCUGAACGAAAAAGUGAUGUGGCGCUAUACGUAUGACCUCAAUGGAAACCUGCACCUGCUGAACGCAGGAAACAGCGCCAGACUUCUUCCUCUGCGCUACGACUUGAGAGACCGCAUCACCCGCCUUGGAGACAUCCAAUACAGAAUGGACGAAGACGGCUUCCUCCGUCAGAGAGGAGCAGAAAUCUUUGAGUACAACUCUAAAGGACUCUUGGUGCGGGUCUACAGCAAGAGCAGCGGCUGGACGAUUCAGUACCGCUAUGAUGGACUCGGUCGCAGAGUGUCCACUAAGACGAGCUUGGGCCAACACCUGCAGUAUUUCUACGCAGACCUGAGCUACCCGGCUAGGAUUACACACGUAUACAACCACUCCAGCUCAGAGAUCACCUCACUUUACUAUGACCUCCAGGGACACCUGUUUGCUAUGGAGAUCAGCAGCGGGGAGGAGUUCUACAUUGCCUGUGACAACACCGGCACACCUCUGGCUGUCUUCACCAGCAAUGGCCUCCUGGUCAAACAGCUCCAGUACACGGCAUACGGUGAGGUCUACUUCGACUCAAACCCAGACUUCCAGCUUGUGCUCGGGUUUCACGGAGGACUGUACGAUCCCCUGACCAAACUGCUGCACUUUGGGGAGCAGGAUUACGACAUAAUGUCUGGCAGGUGGACUGUUCCUGAUGUCUCUACAUGGAAAAAAGUUGGCAAAGAGCCAGCUCCUUUUAAUUUAUACAUGUUCAGAAAUAACAACCCCAUCAGCAAAGUCCAUGAAGUGAGAGAAUAUGUUGCAGAUGUGAACAGCUGGCUUGUAACCUUUGGCUUUCACCUUCACAACACCAUCCCUGGAUUUCCAGUCCCAAAGUUUGAUUUAAGCAUGCCAUCCUACGAACUGAGGAAGAGUCAGCGCUGGGAUGAUCUGCCGUCCAUCUCUGGGGUCCAGCAGGAAGUAACCAGACAAGCGCAUUCUCUCUUGUCAUUCGAGCGGCUGCCAGAGGUCCAUCUCAGUCGAGGUCGCAGAGGUGAAAAGUCUUGGCUGUGGUUCUCAGCGGCAAUGUCUCCCAUCGGAAGAGCUGUUAUGUUUGCCAUCUACAAGGGCAGCGUUCACACUCACACUCUCAACGUGGCCAGUGAAGACUGCAUCAAGGUUGCAACGAUCCUCAACAACGCUUUCUAUCUGGAAGACCUCCACUUCACCAUCGAAGGGCGGGACACGCACUACUUUGUCAAGCCGGGCCUUCCAGAUGCCGACCUUGCUGCGUUGCACCUCACUAGCGGACACAAGACUCUGGAGAACGGCGUCAAUGUGACUGUUUCCCAGUCCACCACAGUCAUGGAUAGUCGGACUCGCCGUUUUGCAGACGUGGAGAUUCGUGCUGGUGCGCUAGCCCUUCAUAUCCGCUACGGAUCCACGGUGGACGAGGAGAAAGUGCGGGUUGUUGAGCUCGCUCGUCAGCGCGCCCUCGCGGGUGCGUGGGCACGAGAGCAGCAGCGAGUGCGAGAUGGCGAGGAGGGGGUCCGCCCCUGGACAGAGGGGGAGAAGAGGCAGCUUCUGAGUAGUGGAAAGGUUUUGGGGUAUGACGGGUACUAUGUGCUCUCCAUCGAGCAGUACCCGGAAUUAGCAGACAGCUCCAAUAACAUCCACUUUCUUCGGCAAAGUGAAAUUGGGAAAAGGUAACAAUACGAGGUGCAUUUUCUGCCAAAGAGACUUGUUUUGGUAGAGACACACUAGCGGAAGAACUGAAAAGCAACUGUAAUCAGAGGUUGCUGUUAUGUAACCUGAGUGUUGAUGUGUUUUUGUACAAAAUGAAAGAACAAAAAAAAAAAGGAAAAACAUACAAGGGGUCAAAAGCAAUGCUGUGCAUUGUGGCCUAGGGACUACAGAGUAAAUGUAUAACUACACCAAGCCUUAACAUGGCAAUUACAGGUCAAUUCCUCUGUUGCACAAGCCUUUUUGGACUCUGGACUCUGAAGCAGAGGAAUAGUGGUGUCUUUGGGGAAACAGUCAGCUAAUUUAGGUGUGUUAUGGGUUUUUUUUUGUUUGUUUUUUGUUUUCAUCAGGAAAAGUCUGGCUCUACA